AUGCCGAAUGAAAUAUUCGUUUCAUUCGAUGAAACCGUACUUCGAUUGGCCUCUUGUUUAUCUGUUCACGCACAACUUCGUCCUAAUUUAAGUAAAUUAACAUCCGAAGAUUAUGUUCAACAUUUAAACGGGUUACAUAUAUGUGGUAUUAUACGAAAAUUCGAAUCCGAAACAACAGUUCUAGCGUUAGCUGUCUAUCGAACUUUUCUAAGUACAUUUGAUACGAUCCGUUUUGAAAUCGACGAUAUAGUUGUUGAUGAAAAAGAACGAAAUCAUGGCUUAGGUACACGUCUUCUUAAUGACUUAAUGAAAAAAGCGAAAGAAUGCGGUGCAACGAAAAUUCUUGUUCAUUGCGAUCCUACAAAUACCGAUGCACAUCGAUUCUUUUUUCGGCUUGGUUUAACAAUAUAUGUUUUUGAAUUUUCUUUACGAAAGAAUGAGUUACUAACAAGUAAUGAUCAAAUUCGUAUUGUUGAUGUAACAGAAUUAUCAGAAAAAGACAAUGAACACUUGCUAAUUCAAGCUCAUGGCAUCUUUCGACAGCUGCGACCGCAUUUACCGGACGAUGAAAAAACAUAUGUUAAUCAAAUUCGUGAUAUAUGCCGUACGGGUCCAGCUCGAAUCAUAGUCGCAAUGAACGAUGAAAUACUCGGUUUAGCCGUCUAUCGUGUAGCUCGUAAUAUGAAAUAUGCUGAGCAUAUCUAUUGUGAUGAUUUGGUUACAAAUGAAAACAGCCGAAGUUCAGGUGUUGGUCGAUGUUUAAUUAAUUAUAUGAAAAAUGAAGCCAAAAAAUUAGGCAUCGAUCAAUUAACUUUGGAUAGCGGAUGUCAACGAGGAAGAGCACAUAAAUUUUAUCAUCGAGAAGGUUUUAUUAUCAAUCAAUAUGGAUUUAUGAUGUGA